GAGGGAGGAGAGCCCAGGCCAGGGGUGGAAUGUGGAAGGAGAGAGGGUGGUAAACAAGAGAGGGGAGGCGGCGGGGGGGGCGGGGAGCGCGGAAGACGCGGGAAGCCAGAAGCAGAGCCUGCGGGGCUUGGAAUUCUCCAGGGCACAGAGAACGCCGCCCGCCGCAGAGCCCAGGGGAAGGGCGCGGCCUCGGCCCCGGGGCGGCCUCCCCAGCCCCAGCCCCAACCCCGAGGCCCGCGCGCCGGCGAGCAGCCGGCUUCCCGAUCCGGCCGCGGCCCGCCCCACGCCGGGCGGGGCCCCGAGCCGCGCGCCGCGCCGGGCCCGGCCGUCCGCCGGGAGCCCGCCGGGAGCCGCAGUCCCGAGCCACGCGGUCCCCCGGGGUCGGGGUGGGGAGGGGGGGUGCCGGGCCCUGGCGGCCGGGCCGCGAUGGCGACGUGGCGGCGGGACGGCCGGCUGACGGGCGGCCAGCGGCUGCUGUGCGCGGGCGUGGCGGGGGCGCUCAGCCUCAGCCUCACCGCGCCGCUCGAGCUCGCCACGGUGCUGGCCCAGGUCGGCGCCGCGCGGGGCCAGGCCCGGGGGCCGUGGGCCGCGGGGCUCCGGGUGUGGCGCGCCGAGGGGCCCCGGGCCCUGUGGAAGGGGAACGCGGUGGCGUGCCUGCGCCUCUUCCCCUGCAGCGCCGUGCAGCUCGCCGCCUACCGCAAGUUUGUCAUACUCUUCACGGAUGACCUGGGCCAUAUUUCCCAGUGGAGCUCCAUCAUGGCUGGGAGUCUUGCAGGCAUGGUUUCCACCAUUGUGACGUACCCUACAGACCUCAUCAAAACCCGGCUGAUUGUGCAGAACUUGCUGGAACCAUCUUACAGAGGGAUCCUCCAUGCUUUUUCUACUGUUUAUCAACAGGAAGGGUUCUUAGCCCUGUAUCGAGGGGUUUCCCUUACUGUUCUAGGUGCUCUGCCCUUCUCUGCUGGCUCCCUUCUGGUUUACAUGAACCUGGAGAAACUCUGGAAUGGACCCCGAGAUCGGUUCUCACCCCUCCAGAACUUCGUCAAUGUCUGCCUGGCCGCUGCCGUAACCCAGACGCUCUCCUUUCCUUUCGACACAGUGAAGAGAAAGAUGCAGGCUCAGAGUCCACACCUUCCCCACCAUGGAGGAGUAGAUGUGCGUUUCUCAGGAGCAGCGGACUGCUUCCGGCAGAUAGUCAAAGCCCAGGGGGUCCUGGCGCUCUGGAAUGGACUGACGGCCAACUUGCUGAAGAUAGUUCCGUAUUUUGGAGUUAUGUUUGGCACCUUUGAGUUCUGCAAGAGGAUCUGUCUUUACCAAAAUGGUUACAUUGUGUCUCCUCUGAGUUAUAAAUUAACCCCUGGGGUGGAUCAGAGUUUGAAGCCCCAGGAAUUGCGGGAAUUUAAAAAGUUCUUCAAAACCGGACAGCUUAAGUCUAAAAAACCAACUCUCUAAAACUGACCGGAACAAUAAGUGCACUGACCGAAGGCGUGUUACAAUCAUAAAAACCUCAUAACUGUGCGUGCGCAGAGUAACCAGAGGAAACUCCCGUCUGCCACUCUUGGAAAUGGGAAGAUUUCACCACAUACCAGCUCCAAGCUCCAAACGCACGUCCUGGUGCCAUGGGAAAGCUUCCCAGCACAACCACUGCAUGGUGGCACUCCACCAGAUAGCUCCACAAAACCCAGCAUUAGCAAAACGUGCAAUUUACACUCUGUAAACAGGCAACUUACACAACACCAAAGAAAGGCAAUGGCCAUGAUCUCCAAGUGAAACGUCGUUGAAGCGACUGAGCAAAUAGCACAUCAGGAGCUCAGCCACACAGUCGCAGCUUGCACUGACCCACACUGGCCUCGCACUGCUCCAUUCCACCCAAGUCUUCCCAGCACACUUGUUCUGAAACUCCUAAUGUUUGCUGACUUCUGAGUGUGCACACUAUAGUGUAAAUUAUGCCUUAUUGGAAACUAAAUUAAAGGGGCACCUGGGUGAUGCAGUCAGUUAAGCAGCAGCCCUCAGCUCAGGUCAUGAUCUCAGGGUCCUGGGA